AUAUAAAAAUCUAUUCCAAAAACAAGUUAAAUAAAAGAAAAGAUCAGAAUGAUGAAAUUCAAUAUCCUUUGCGCAUUCGUUGUACUUUUGGUUGCACAUGCCGCGACAACCGCACCAGUCGAGAAACAUGUGGAAAUUGUACGCCAGGACGCCGAUGUGGCGCCAGAGAGCUACAAAUUCGGUUUUGAGACAAGCGAUGGCACACAACAUGACGAGGAAGGUCAGCUGAAAAAUGUUGGAACCGACGAUGAGGCAAUCGCCGUGAAGGGCUCCUACAAAUAUGUGGGCGAUGACGGCGUCACCUAUCACGUAAGCUAUACAGCCGAUGAGCACGGCUUCCAGCCGGUAGGCGAUCAUUUGCCGAAAGCAUAAGUGCAUAAUAUCGAUUGAGUACGAUAAUUAUAUAAUAAUAAUUAAUUUGUUACUAUUGU